AUGGCUCACCAGCCUUACCUGUACAAUGCCGUCAGUCAUGACCGCGACGCCCGCUUUCCGGAGCCCAGAUUCGACCCCAAAGCCGUAACUCGAGCAAGUUGGGAGCCGAAGCCACGGAAACAGAAGCCCGAAGGCCCUUUGAUCGCCUUCAACCGCCAUCCCGACGCGCACUUGGUUCUUUCUCACCGAUCCAACAACUAUGUAUCUCUCAGCCCAAGGACGAAGAGCUGGAUCAAAUCCAUUCGCAUCAUUCAGCUGGGGCUGAGGGUCCUCCAACUUCUCGGAGCUGCUGGACUCCUUGCUUUGCUCGUUUUGCUGACCAACAUUGAGACCCUCGCUGGCUGGGUCAUGCGCAUUACGCCGGGUGUCUCCAUGGUGCACUGCUUGUACGCCAUAUAUCACCUACAGAGACCAGCCGGCGGCCGCAGCCCGGCCUCCUCCACCGCUUACCAGUUGUUUGCCAGCAUCUCGGAUCUGGGUGUCAUGCCCUUAUACGCGUACGGCGCUCUGAGCACCCACAGCAGCGGCGCCGUGUGGAAGACGAGGUUGGUCGACCAAAACCUGCUGAAAUAUUUCGUCCCUGCCGUGUUCUACACCUUCAUCGGCACUGGGGGCUUGCACCUGAUCUCCUUGUGCACGUCCGUUUGGCUUGGCUUCAUGUUUCGCAAGAUCACCCAGUUGCCUCCAGAUAUGAACCCACUGGAGGACCAUCUCACCACUCGGGCCAAGCACCAGAGAAAUAAGUCUAGUGUCGCGACAUCUGCGAGCGGUGAAAGCGAGAAGCGGAUGUCGACGCCCCUCGAGGACCGUCGUCCAUCCGGCGCCCCGCACAUGGAUGUGACUCGACCGCCAAGUAUUCCUUUCCAGCGAACGCGAGCUGGCUCGGAUGUUUCCAGCUUUACCCGUGACUCUCGAACCGACCUGCCCAGCCGCCAGUACCAGAUCACCCCAGGAGACUCGUCACGCAACUCGGCAGCUGUCAGCGAGUAUGUACGCACGUCCGCGCCUCGAACUGCGUACCAUGGUUCCUACACCGAGGUCCCACUCCACGAAACGAACGCUCCGUCAUCUCGGCCAUCUAUCUCCCCCGCUGCCGCACCGUCUACAAGCGAUGGUCGCAGUGCCGGCAAAUUUACAGAGACCUGGUUUGCAACGGACUCACUAGUAUCACGCACCCAGAGGCGCAAUCGCGCCAUGGACUCCGCGGCGCUCACGGGGCAGACAAGGACAAGAAAUAAGGCGUACGAGGCGCUCGACCAGCGUUAUAACGCAGGUGACUCCGACUCAGAGCGCGACGAGAAUGAACUUGCCGGCAGCGACUUCGAGAACGACAUUGGUCAACCCCCUCACCCACACCCACUAGCAUCCAACCCGCACGCCACUUCCCCAAGAACCAAGACGCUGCAUUACUCCCUGAAUGACACAGCAUUGUCAGAGGUGGAUCUGAACUCGGGAAGGGCCAGUGGCACAAACGACAUCGCCGACGAAAGACCUUCCUCGCUUGCCCUGAAGGUCUGGCCGAGGAACCGUGACAGCUCCAUCCAACCCGAGUCCGAUUUCUACUCGAAGCCCUACGGUGAACUGAAGCCCGCGACGCCGCCGGUCAUGGUCGGGAGCAGUCGUCAAGUUUCGUCCGGCACCGACUUGGAGACGAACCAAUACUCGUCAGUAUAUGGGCGAAGGAACGUAAGCGGCAAGGCCGCUGAGGAGGGCCUCGUAGGAACAAAAGGUGGCUACUCGCGCUACAGCGUGAUGUAA